AUGUCUGAUACCUCUGAUAUUGUUAUUUUAUGCAUAAUCUGCAUUGAGUCCUUGGUUAUUUUUAUUGGAAAUACUUUCACUAUAUUUGUAUUUUGGAAUAACCGUAAAAAAUUAAAGCGCACCGCCUUUCUUCUCAUAAACUUGGCUAUUGCAGAUCUUCUUGUCGGGCUCAUUCAAAUGAUAACAAUGGGAGGAUAUACCAUCAUUCUACGUCAAAUCCAAACGAACAGUACACGAGAAAGCGUUAAAUCAAGAAAAUGGAUUUUAGCCGCGCAACAAGUAUUGUCACCGUUUGCAUCAAUACUUUUCCUUGUGCUCAUCUCGCUGGAACGAGCAUAUGCUCUGAUAUGGCCGCUCCACCAUCGAGUGGCUAGUAUGAGAGGCUAUAUUUACAGCGCCAUCUUUACGUGGCUUGCUGCAAUAGCUCUUCAGACAUUGUAUUUGUUUGGUGUGUACUGUAACGUCUUGGAUCUUAAACAUUUGAUGAUUGCUCUGUCUUGCAUUGAGGCUUUAUCCCUGAUUUUAAUUUGUGUCUGCUAUAUGACAAUACGAGCUAGACUCAGUUCCAACGGAUUAACAACAGUUGCAGCUAAGAACAAUUCGCUGGAACAGAACAAGAAACUCUCCAGAACGUUUUUUACUGUGUCAGCUGCCUCUCUUGUCUGUUGGGGUCCGAGUAGCGUUGCUUUCUUAAUUUUCCAUCUGAGUUCCAAGACAUAUCGGCCGAAUGCAAUUAUUUAUAGUUCUUGUAUUCUUUAUCUAGGCAACUCUUAGGUGAAUCCUUUCAUUUACAGUUUUAAAUUUCCCAUGUUUCGAGAAACUUUACAAAGAAUAAGACUAAAGAGGACUUCUAAACAGUAUAGAGUCAGUUGAAAAGCAUAAGCCUUUGAGCUUCUACUUCUCGAAGAAGAAAUCGCGGAAACAGAGCUAUUUAUUGUUCUAAAGAAAGCGAAGUAUAGUUGUAGCUGUGUGAUUCCUAUUCGACCUUUUCAUCUCGUUAAUAUCUAGAAAACUAAAGACAUAGUUGCCUUGCAGAUGCUGUGAAUCAGAAAAG